AUGAUCCUAUCUCUUAUGAAAGAUAGGUACCACCCCAAAAGGAAGCGAAGCGACACACCUCCCGUGUCCCCACACACGACUCCAAAAUGCCGUAGCAUGCGUAUCUUGCAGGCAAGAUUCACCGGAGCUCACACAAGCGGUAGAGAAGCUUUCGAAGCUAGAACUGUGGUGACCAUUGAUGAUGACAGUGAUGAUGGUGAUACUACUGAGACUGAGGCUAGUGUUCUGAAGCAAGAGGACGUUCGUGACAUUGGUGACACGCAUGAGGAUUUUGACGAGAGUAACUACAAUAAUCGCGAUAAGGAUGCGUUUGUACACUCCGGUGACUGUCCAGAAGAACAGGGCGACUUGGAUAUUCUCUCUGGAUCUACCGGUAGCAGUGCGCGCCAUAUUAGCGUCGAGCUGAUCGCCGAUAUCACCGAAGGCUCGCACCUUGUUAUUGCCAUUGUUGACCCUGCACAAAGUGCCCAAGAGAUUGGCAUCCCUUGCCGAAUCAUCUCCGACUACAACAUCAAAAAAUCCUCGGGACAAGACAUCUACGUUUCAAUUCACGAGCCCCUUGCCGCCUAUAUUUCAACACUUUCCGGCAGCUCUCCAAAGCAAAACCUUUGCCUUUCACUGGACAUUGCCCACUCCAUCCCACAUUCAACCACUUCUCCGGGUGUCAGAGCUCAGCCCCUAGCAUCUCUUCCGACGAUAUCAUUUGGUGACAUAGCUGCUGCUGAGAAUGCCCAGGUUAAUGACACUGCUACCGGGAACGUUUUUGCAGAGCGCCCAUCUAGUAUGUCUUGGCUGGAGUGGGAGAAUUCCUUUACUGGAUUCAAGGCCUUCUUGGACGGUGGUGUUCAGGUCCUUCAGUCCACAGAUGAGCUCCUGCCACUUUGUCACCGGUUUAAUGGUUAUGCAACAUUCCAGGGAGCACUUGUUUAUCCUGAGAUGGUUGCAGCUUUAGAGAAAUUUAUGGACAAAUAUGGAGAUUUCAUGGACAUGACUGGCAUUACAUCUUCUUUUUCGCAGUGUGCUGCUUUCUAG